AUGCCACAAGGCUCCACCACUCCCCUGACGACGCCGACUCUCGUCCUCGGCAACGGUGACAGGCUUCCCCAGGUGGGCAUGGGCACCUGGAAGCAUACCGGCGAGAAAGCUUCCGAGGCGGUCUACAACGGGCUCAAGGUCGGCUACCAUCUCAUCGACGGCGCAUGCGACUACGGCAACGAGCGCGAGUGCGGCGAGGGUCUCCGGCGCGCGCUCGCAGACGGCGUCGUGCGGCGCGAGGACGUGUGGGUGGUCUCGAAGCUGUGGAACACGUUCCACGCGCGCGCGCACGUCCGCGAGGCCGUCGAGCGCUCCCUCAAGGACUGGGGCGUUGACUACUUUGACCUUUACUACGUCCACUUCCCGAUAUCUCUGGCGUACGUGUCCCACGAGGAGCGCUACCCCCCGGGGUGGUACAUCGACGGCAAGAGCGAGGUGAAGCACGAAGCUAUCCCGUUCCGCGAGACGUGGGAAGCCCUCGAGGAGCUCGUGGACGCCGGGCUCAUCCGCCACCUCGGCGUGUCGAACAUGUGCAGCGCGCUGCUCAUGGACCUGCUCAAGUACGCCCGGAUCAAGCCCUCGGUGCUCCAAAUCGAAAUACACCCGUACAACGUCCAGCGCCGCGCGGUCGAGUACGCUCAGGCGCAGGGCCUCGCCGUGACCGCCUACUCCUCCUUCGGCCCCCUCGGCUUCCGCGUCUUCGGCGGCGCCAAGGCGCUCCACGCGCAGCCGCUGUUCACGCACCCCGCCGUGCGCGCGGUCGCCGCCGCGCACGCGGGGGCGAGCACGCCGCAGGUGCUCCUCCGCUGGGCGGCCCAGCGCGGGCUCGCGGUGAUCCCGAAGUCGGACACGGACGCGAUGCUCCGCGAGAACCUCGCGGGCGCCAGCGGCGCGGCGGGCUUCGAGCUGAGCGGCGCGGAGAUGGACGCGAUAUCGGGCCUCGACUUGGGGCUGCGGUUCAACGACCCGGCGGAUGACUUCGCGGGCUGCUACAUCUUCUCGUGA